ACGGACAAGGAGACUGAUAUUGUGAUUAUCAAAGGAGCCGGUGGGAAAGCCUUCUGUGCUGGUGGAGACAUUAGAGGUAAACAACAGACUGUCGAGAGUACACAAACACACACAGGAUCUUGAUUUGUACUGAAUAUGUCGUCAUCUACAUUUUCAAACGGGUGUCUUAUCUCUGUGUUUUACUGAGUGCAUUUUGUGAUGUCAUUUCCUCCUAGCUGUGACUGAAGCGGGGAAGGUUGGAGGUCCCUUUGGUAAGGACUUCUUCCGUGAAGAAUACAUCCUGAACAAUACUAUUGGUACGUAUCCCAAUCACGCCUCUUACAUGAUUAUGUGAGAGAGGGGAGAGUUUUACAACAAACAGUAUGCCUGUGUAUUGCAUAAUGUUUGGUUUUCAUUAUGAAUUUACAAGGACAGACCGUACUGUACAUCAAUUUUCUCUGAUGAGACCAGUUAUUUUUUGUAUCUUAGGAGCACCGGUUUCCCUCCUUUGGCUAUCAGUUACUUUUUGUACAGCACUUGUUUUGACUUACAUUUUAUUUAAUAAUUUAAGGAACAUAUCAGAAACCAUAUGUGGCCCUUAUUGAUGGGAUAACAAUGGGAGGG